UAAGCAAUUAUUGGCAUGGUGAGUUAAUGGCAAUUCUUGUCAUUUUGUUCGGCUUCUAGACUUUAUAUUUUAUUGUUUUUUUAUAAACCCGCCUAAGUAAUAAUCGGUGUGAUGGGAAAGUUUUUGUUCUAAAAUGCAGUCUGUCGUAUCAUACGUCCGUUCUUUGCUGGGCUGGGCUGAAGAAGACGAAAUUAAAAAGACUAUUAUAAAACGACACAGAUAUGAUGAUGACUAUUCUGGUGAUGGUCGUCCGAAGAAACUAAAACAUAGUAUUGAAAACACAAUUUUUCCUGGAGUUAUGACUUCAAAAGAUUUGUUUGAAGAUGAGUCAUAUAAAAAUGUGCGAAUGGUACCAAUAGAAAUUGAGGAUAGACGUCCAAGCACCUCAACCCCAUACGAAAACUUAAAUAAGGAGAAUCGCAUCAGGACAGUGCCAGUUAAAAUAAUUAGUAGGCAGAAUGGAUCACUUACUCCUAUUAGAAAAGAAAAACCACCAGCAAACCGUGUAGUUCGGGCUGUACUUAUUGAUGAUGAUGAUGCUGCUGAUGAACAAGAGGUUACAUUAGUGGAAACUCAACCACCUAAAGAAAACCCAAAACUUUACAUUAAUUUAGAUGAUGAUGAAGACAAUGAUAGAGAUGUUGUGUUUGUGAAAAAAGUUUCUUCACCAGCUUCAAGUAAACCUUUCAAACUGGUCAUUGACGAUAAUGAUACUACAGAUUUUGCUGAACCUACAAAAUAUAGACAAUAUCGCAAAAUAGUUGACAGAGGCACAAAUGUUUCACCAAGAUCAUAUAGUAUUCUAAGAAAUAAUGGUGGUAUUCAAAAAUCAUAUAAAAAAGCUCCAACACCAUCAUUACCUAACUGGCUCUCAGCAAAGUCCACAAUGAAUGCGAGAACAAGAAACAACCUUAAUGGCACAAAGUCAACACUACUAAAACUUUUUAAUAUAGAAGAAAAGAAUAACUUUAGGGAACUUAUUAAAAAAGUCUGUAAUGCAAAUCAAACCCCACAAACACAGAAACCAAUUGACAUCAUAAAUUUAGCAGAGGAAUCAGCAUCAUUUCGGCUGACAAGGAAAUCGCAAAGGAGUUCUCUGAAUGAAAUCAAAAGGUUUGAAAAAGACCUGAAAGGUAAAGAUAGUGAAUCUACAACAGAAUACGAUCCAAUAACAGUAGCAUCAAUUACCUCUUCAGAUUCAGAAAUAGAAGUUAUACCAUCAGAUUCUUCAGUCUCAUCAACAAGAAUAGAGCCUUUAAAUACAUUGAGAGACUCAUUCAGAGACAGAGAUGUAGUAUCUAGUGAUUGGUUAAGAAAAUUAGAUACAAAAUAUAAGAACAAAAAGAAAGAGACACAAGUGAAGUUAAAUGAUGCCCGACGAGAGUCUGAUAUUAUAUCAAAAGUUAACCAUGAGCAAUGUUUGGCACAUUUAAGGAAUAAGCUAAAGUAUGAGCUGUGUAUACCCGAAAGUUUAAUUGAGGAGGACCAGCCAGCUGUGGAGUUACCCCCUCUAACUGCGGAACAAGAGAAACUAGUCAGUAGAGCAUUGGGGCCGGGACCUCAAGGACAAGUGCUUAUUGAGAAAUUUAAUUUAAGGAUAACUAGACGAGACCUCCAAACAUUAUCAGGUCUAAAUUGGCUCAAUGAUGAAGUUAUAAAUUUCUACAUGAAUUUACUAAUGCAAAGAUGUGGAGAACGAAAGGAUUUGCCCCAAGUGUAUGCUGCUAACACUUUCUUCUAUCCCAAAUUGAUGCAAAGUGGACAAGCUGGAUUGCGACGAUGGACUAGAAAGGUAGACAUAUUCGCACAUCAGCUGAUGGUGGUUCCUGUUCACUUGGGAGUCCAUUGGUGUAUGAGUAUCAUUGACUUCCGGGAGAAGAAGAUAUCUUACAUGGAUAGCAUGGGAGGGAAGAACCAGGCGGCCCUGGUUGCGCUACUGCAAUAUCUCCGAGAUGAACAUAAAGACAAGAAGGGACAACCCUUUGAUGAUAGUGGCUGGAAGACUGAGUGCUUACGAGAUAUCCCCCAACAAAUGAACGGCAGUGAUUGCGGUAUGUUUGCUUGUACGUUCGCGGAAUUCUCAUCGCGGAAUGCGCGAUACACAUUCACACAGGCUGACAUGCCCUAUCUGAGAAGAAAAGCGGCCUUCGAGAUUUUACAAGGGAAGUUGUUACUAUAAGAAAUAGUCCAUAAGUAAUGAACAAUCCACACUUACAGUCCUAAAAACCAAUAAAAAGAAAUUGUUUUUGUAUAGUAAUAUUUUCUUUCUAUCCAGUGUAAUUUACUGAAUCUCUAUUAAAUGAUUUUAAACGGGGUUUGUGGUUCAAUACGCAAAAAUGUAUGAAUUUCGUCAUUUAACAGAAAUAACUCAAGAGUAAGAGUUUCACUAAAAUGUUUAAACCUAAUUUCUACGAGGCGUUGGUGUUAACUAGACUAAAAACGUUCGUUGCUAUGGUGUUAAGGGACCUGGCGAUGGUCUUGGUUUUGAUUCUUGGCGAACCAAUAACACUCGUAAGAAUAGUAGAAGUCUAGUCUAUGCCCCGUUAUUACGGUAACUUAAACAAAAACUAAAACUCAGAGUCGUAGUAUAGCAUACGACUGGUUUUUCAUUUGGCAACCCUUUGUAUAUUACAGAUGUUAAUGUAUGUUUAUAAAGACUUUAUUUGGACUAUUCCUUAAGAAAUAAUAUAUUAAAGAACUUCUAA